AUGAAGUGGACUCUGAUCAUUUCAGAUAACGCUGUGUAUGUUUUGGCUAUUGGUAACUCCUCAGAUAACGUUGUGUAUGUUUUGGCUAUUGGUGACUCCUCAGAUAACGCUGUGUAUGUUUUGGCUAUUGGUGAAUCCUCAGAUAACGCUGUGUAUGUGUUGGCUAUUGGUGACUCCUCAGAUAACGCUGUGUAUGUUCUGGCUAUUGGUGACUCCUCAGAUAACGCUGUGUAUGUUUUGGCUAUUGGUGACUCCUCAGAUAACGCUGUGUAUGUUUUGGCUAUUGGUGACUCCUCAGUUAACGCUGUGUAUGUUUUGGCUAUUGGUGACUCCUCAGAUAACGCUGUGUAUGUUUUGGCUAUUGGUGACUCCUCAGAUAACGCUGUGUAUGUUCUGGCUAUUGGUGGCUUCACAGAUAACGCUGUGUAUGUUCUGGCUAUUGGUGACUCCUCAGAUAACACUCUGUAUGUUCUGGCUAUUGUUUUUGCCAUUAUUGAAAGUUUUGCCAAGCGUUUAGAAGACAAUGUAGUACAUCUGGAUCUUCGUCGUGGUGUUGUCAGGGGAUUUAGCAAUCAUAUCUCAUUCAUACAUAAACCCACAACGAGGCCAGGGAGGUCAUGUGAUAAACAAGUUGUUCUUAAAUUAGAUUUUUCUGGUCCAUAUAAAGAGGCAAAAAUUUUAUUGGACUAUUCAGAACCUCCAAGGCUGUGGACACUUGAUAUAUCAGACUCACCAACCGGAGAUGGAUAUGGCGGUGAUAACGGAACAACAAGCAAUAUGGCGGAAACUCAAAUUCAUAAUAAACAAUUUAGAAUUUAUGGAAAUAAUCUGCCCGGGCACAUGGAUGCUUCAGCGAACGGUGGAUUAUUAAUAACGACGGUGGAUAAUUUUAUUAGGAGAGGAAGUAAUACAAAAAUAAGCAUCAGUGAUGAGCGAAUAGAAUGGAAAUCUGGACCGCACAAGGAUAACAUCAAAUCUCGCUUCUUGUACACUUUGCGAGGGCAACAGCCUCUCUAUGGAGCAGUCGAUUAUAGUGUGUAUGUUGGACUCAACCGGGUGGUGGCGGGAAACUUCAGGAGCGGAAGUGGUUUAUGUAGCGCCACGAUAACUAUGUAUUCUGUCCCUCGUAACGCAUGUGAAACAGGAACACAUACAUGUGACAGAGACGCCAUCUGUAUCAACACAAGGCGGCGCUACAAAUGUCGAUGUAAACCAGGUUUUUAUGGGACAGGGAAAAUAUGUGUAGAUGAAAACGAAUGUGAUUACGAAAAUGGAGGAUGUGUUCAUUUCUGUCAGAACCAGAGUGGUAAUUACACGUGUAGCUGUAAGGAAGGGUUUGUGUUGGACAGGGAUGGACACAACUGUAUAGAUAAAAAUGAGUGUUUAGAAAAUCUGGGCGGAUGUGCAGCUCAGUGUGUGAAUACCCUAGGGAGCUAUGAAUGUAGGUGUAAUCAAGGGUAUUCGUUGGCUCCAGAUGGCCGAUCUUGCCAGUAUGGAACUUACUGUCAGGAGAAUUUCCAGUGUCAACAUUUCUGUCACACCCCUGCUGGGAAACUGGUUUGUGGAUGUCGGGAAGGCUACAGAUUACAUAACAAUGCCCUCGACUGUAUUCAGACGUGCGCAGCAGGUAAUGGUGGAUGUCAACAUAACUGUACGGAUGGCCCGCUGGGCCCGAUAUGUUCUUGCGCUCCUAAAUACAUUCUGAGGGACGACAACCAUACAUGUAUUGCAUCUUGUGAAGUAAAUAACGGCGGUUGUGACAGAAAAUGUAUAGACACAAAGGCUGGUCCUCAGUGCUCCUGUCCUCGUGGUUUCAAACUACACCAGGAUGACAGGACGUGUCUAGAUAUAGACGAAUGUCAAAUCGGCAACGGAGGUUGUAGUAACAAGUGUGUUAAUACCAAGGGUGGAUAUGAAUGUGUAUGUCCUAAAGGCUUCAAGGUACAAGUGGACCAUCGCACCUGUACAGAUGUAGACGAAUGUGAAUUAAACACUACAUGUGACCAAAGGUGUGUGAACACUCCUGGCACGUUCCACUGCACGUGUAAAUCAGGAUACCAGUUAUAUGGACUCACGCAUUGCGCAGAUGCAAACGAAUGCGCUCACAAUAAUGGCGGAUGUCAACACACGUGUGAAAAUACUGAGGGAGGUUUCAUGUGUCACUGCCCGUCUGGCUUCAAACUACACACCAACCGGAAGGACUGUGUGUCUGACCAGACAUGUCUGCCUCUGCGGACACCUGCCAAAUCAAGCAUGACGUGUGUCCAGCAGGAUGGAGAUCAAGUAUGCACUGUAAAAUGUAAUCCACGGACUUACUCCACCAGCCCGAAAGCUGAGAAUGUCUACAGAUGUGGUGCAAGCACGGGCUAUGAAUGGUUACAUAGACUCUUGAAUCAAACUUUAUCGUCGUGUUCAGAAUCAGCUGAGGUCCCUGUUGUAAGGAAGUCUGCAAGAAUUUUAUUCGUGGCCAGCAAAUGUCGAGUCCGACGAAGUAUUCGAGAGGAAGUUCGACGGAAUAUUACUGCGCAGUUAGAGUUGAAAAAGUAUCGCUGUCGCCGAAAGUGUAGUGUUAGUUCUGUCAACAUUGAUUGUGAUACCCGAAAGUCACGUCGACUGGUUCAAGACCUGAAGGGGGCGCUCGUAGCUGCGGAUAUCGAGAUAGAGGUGGCGCCGCUCAAGACAAAAAAAAAAUGUGAUUUUAAGUGCACAAAAAAGCGGACUGAAAGACGCAUGAAAAAAUUAUUGAAGAGGAUGAAGAAAUUUAUAAAUAGAUCUCAGUUUGUAGUGAGCUACGAUGGCGAAGGUCGUGUAGUGGUAAAAAAGUCCUUCAAAUACAAAAAAACUGUAGGAUAUGUCUGUCCAGAAGGCAAAGUAAUGGCUGGUGACCAGUGUGUUGCCUGUAGUGUUGGUUCGUACUUUAAGCGGAAGUUAGCUGUUUGCUCUCUUUGCUCAAGAGGGUCGUACCAAGACCAGGAGGGUCAGACAUCAUGUGUAAAAUGUCCAAAUCGUAUACCGGGUGUGGGCAUCCGAGGAGCUAAAACUGAAAUGGAAUGUACAGUAUUAUGUGAACCGGGGACAUUCUCACACGAUGGUCUAAAACCGUGCGCGCCAUGCCAAGCGGGAACAUACGGACCGGAGUACGGUCGCACAUCCUGUUUUCCCUGUGGAGGCGGAUUGACCACUGACAGCAAUGGAGCCAGGACGUUCGCUGAAUGUUCUCCAAGAGUGACGUGCUCUCCUGGUCAUUUCUAUGAUGUCCAGAGUCAUACGUGUCAGCAAUGUCCAACUGCGAGCUAUCAGCCUGAUUCAGGCCAAUCAUUCUGUUACGCAUGCCCGGGAUCUACCGUAACGGAUUCGCCAGCAACUAUCAACAGUUCCGAAUGCAAAGAUGCUACCUGUGGUGGAAUGAUUGGGCGGUUGCAAGGGUUCAUACAAAGUCCUAACUAUCCCGGAAAUUAUCCAAACAAUAUUGAGUGUGUUUGGAGGAUUAAACCAAGUAAAAAACGGAGGAUUCUUGUGAUUAUCCCUGAAGUGUUUUUACCUAGAGAAGACCAAUGUGGAGAUAGCCUUGUUAUGAGAAAGUCAAAGAAAGCGUCUUCUCUCACAACAUAUGAAGCAUGUGAGAGCACGGAGAAGCCGAUAGCAUUUACUUCACAGACACACAGACUUUGGAUAAAGUUUAAAUCAGAUGGACAAAACUCGGCGGGUGGAUUCUCCAUUCCGUUUGUUACAUAUAACGAGGAUUAUCAGCAGUUAAUAGAAGACAUUGUCAGAGAUGGUCGACUUUACGAUUCUUAUCAGCACCAGUCAAUCCUGAAGGACAGGAAGAUGCUCAGCGUGCUAAUGGAAGUGAUCGCACAACCUUAUCACUAUUUCAAAUACGCCAACGCAUCUCGUACGAUGAUGCCAGAGUCGUUUAUAAAGCUAUUGACAUCUAAGGUAACUCGUUUCCUUAGAACAUAACUGGUUCUCUACUACAGCAUCUUUUGAAUGGAGAAAAAGGCACCUAUAGUUACGAGAAGCGUGAGGUUAGCGCUGUGGGAAUAACUGCAAGUCAGAAACACUACUUCUAUUAAUAGCACGAGAAAUAAAGAAAUGAAAAUGAUGCACUUUUGGAACCAUAACGUGCGAAAACAUUUUUACUAUACCUUACAAACUUGCGGAAGACUUAUAUAUUUCUUAUGUUAAAAAAGGAGAUGUUAGAAAGUGAUUUGAUGGUUCGUUUGAACUUCUGAGCGUUGGAUCUUCUCACCCAUGCUGUAUAUACUCGUUCCUUUUAAAGGGUCUUUAAGUCGAUUGUUGAUUCAACUCUGGUUACGAAAUAGAACACAUUAUAUAGAUAUAGACAUGUUUAUAUACCAAAACCUCACACUUUGUAAGACAAAGGAAUGGUUUUGUGUGUUGUUUUCCAAGUGUGGGUUGUAAACCAGUAACUAAGAUAAACGCCAUCUUUGUACAGUAUGAAUUGGAUGCCGUAGACCAAAAAAAAUACAUUUACGUCAUAUUCUUCAUAUACCGUAUUCCAAUGAAUGAUAAUUGUUACUAGGGAAAUAAAAUAUUGAAAUUGAUCGCAGUCUGAUGGAAAUGUGCAAUAACAUAUUUUUGUUUGACACUGAAACCGACAGAGAGAUUCGACUCAUAUGACGGUGUUCAUCUCUCUGAAACUCUUUUCAUUGAUGGACAGGAUACUUAAUAACGUUUUUAUCAUGAAAUAAGUACUGCAGAUAAAGCUGUUG